AACGACAAGCAAAGUUUUGUCUUUGUCCCCUGCUUUUUCAUAAAACCAAAGCCUAAGGACUGUAACUGCCUCUUGUCCCAAGGGAGAGUGUGUAAAGAAACCGCGUGGGUGAGGGGUGGCAGAGCAGAUCGGGGGACGGCGGCGGAGAAGAGACGCGAGCCAGUCUCCGGCGGGAGGGCGUGGAUACCAAUGCAAGCUCGAACAGGUCCAGCCUUCUGGAGACCUGUGCCAACAGCAGGAGGGGACAGACAGGAUCUCUGUGGACAGAUCGGGGUGUGGAGCAGCGGGGAGCGCCCAACUAGAAACUCGCCAGGAUUCGCCCAGAGGAGCUGGACCUCCUUGGUGCCUUUUGCCCCUGUGAGCCAGCUGAAGGAGAAGUUUCCCCAAGGGAAGACACCCCGACAGAUCGGUUGUCAGAGGCGGUUCAGGUGCUGUAAACUGCAAUGAUCCUGCUUUGAUACACCAGGCAGACCACUGUGGAAUUUCCUGGUUUCCAGCAGAAAGUGUGGCUCAGAUUAAAGGUGUGUCUUCCUGCCUUAGAAAACAUAUCAAAGGUUCCAAACAUUUGUGAACAGAAACUACUGGAGACUUUUUUUUUUUCAGUCUUUGUGUGCUGUCUCCUUUCGGAAGAGCUAUGGGCUUGCCAUUAUGUGGAAGAGGACUGAUCCUGAGUCUGAUUCUUGUUCUCUUAAGAUUGUCAACAGCUGAAAUACCACUCUCAGUUCAACAGGUUCCAACAAUCAUAAAGCAGUCAUAUGUGCAAGUUGCUUUUCCCUUUGAUGAGUAUUUUCAAAUUGAAUGUGAAGCUAAAGGAAACCCAGAACCAAAAUUUUCAUGGACUAAAGAUGACAAGCCUUUUGAUCUCUCUGACCCUCGGAUAAUCGUAUCUAACAAUUCAGGCACAUUCAAAAUCCCUAAUGAGGGACAUAUCUCUCACUUUCAAGGAAAAUACCGCUGUUUUGCAUCUAACAGACUUGGAACUGCGAUAUCAGAAGAAAUAGAGUUCAUAGUUCCAAGUGUUCCAAAAUUUCCAAAGGAAAAAAUUGAACCCAUGGAUGUAGAAGAAGGGGAUUCCAUUGUCCUGCCCUGCAACCCUCCCAAAGGCCUCCCACCUUUGCACAUCUACUGGAUGAAUAUUGAAUUAGAACACAUUAAACAAGAUGAAAGGGUGUACAUGAGUCAAAAGGGAGAUCUGUACUUUGCAAAUGUGGAAGAAAAAGACAGUCGCAAUGAUUACUGUUGCUUCGCUGCAUUUCCAAAAUUAAGGACGAUUGUACAAAAAAUGCCAAUGAAACUAACUGUGAACAGUUUAAAGCAUGCUAAUGAUUCAAGUUCAUCCACAGAAAUUAGUUCCAAGGCAAAUUCCAUCAAGCAAAGGAAACCCAAACUUCUGUUGCCUCCUGCUCAAAGUGGCAGUUCAACCGAAAUAACUGUCCUCAAGGGGGAAACCCUGAUACUGGAGUGCUUUGCAGAGGGCCUACCAACCCCACAGGUUGAGUGGAGAAAAUUGGGUAGUGAAUUACCAAAGUCAAGUGAAACAGAAGAAAAAUGUAAAAACGCAUUGAAGAUAGAGAACAUCUCCUACCACGACAAAGGAAAUUAUCGUUGUAUAGCCAACAACUCGUUAGGAAAAACCAGUCAUGAUUUUCAUGUGACAGUAGAAGAGCCUCCGAGCUGGAAAAAGAAGCCUCAGAGUGCCGUGUACAGCACGGGUAGCAAUGGCAUCUUGUUGUGUGAGGCAGAAGGAGAACCUCAACCCACGAUCAAAUGGAGAGUCAAUGGCUUGCCAAUUGAAAAUCAUCCAUUUCCUGGUGACGUUAUGUUCCCCAGGGAAAUCAGUUUUACAAACCUACAACCCAACCAUUCUGCUGUAUACCAGUGCGAAGCGUCAAAUAGUCACGGAACCAUCCUUGCCAACGCCAAUAUUGAUGUUGUAGAUGUUGUCCCACUGAUAAAAACCAAGAAUGAAGAAAAUUAUGCAACGGUGGUUGGAUACAGUGCUUUUUUACAUUGCGAGUACUUCGCUUCACCCAAGGCCACAGUGAGCUGGGAGGUGGCUGAUGAAGCCCAUCCCCUUGAAGGUAGUCGGUACCAUACCUACGAAAAUGGCACACUGGAGAUCUACAGAACUACCGAGGAAGACGCCGGAUCUUACUCCUGUUGGGUAGACAACGCAAUGGGGAAAGCCGUCAUCACAGCCAACUUGGAUAUCAGAAAUGCUACAAAGCUCAAAGUGUCUCCCAAGAAUCCUCGCAUUCCUAAAUCACAUGUCCUUGAGCUACACUGUGAAAGCCAAUGUGACUCACAUUUGAAGCACAGUUUGAAACUGUCCUGGAGUAAAAACGGAAAGGUUUUUGAAAUUAAUGGCACCGAAGAUGGCAGAAUAGUGAUUGAUGGAGCGAAUCUGACCAUAUCGAACAUCUCAGUGGAGGAUCAGGGCAUUUACUCCUGUUCUGCUCAAACUGCUCUUGAUAGCACUUCUGAGAAAACUCAAGUCACAGUCCUUGGUGUUCCAGAUCCUCCAGGAAACCUUCUCUUGUCAGAAAGACAAAACAGGAGUGUCCGACUGUCCUGGGAAGCUGGAGACGACCACAACAGCAAUAUCAGCGAGUACAUUGUAGAAUUUGAAGGGAACAGAGAGGAUCCUGGAAGGUGGGAGGAGCUAACCAGAGUCCCAGGAGAAGAAACAGAGGUUGUGCUAUCAUUGGCUCCAUAUGUGAGUUAUCAGUUCAGGGUCACAGCUGUGAACGAAGUCGGGAGAAGUCAUCCCAGCCAGCCUUCGGACCAUCAUGAAACUCCACCAGCAGCUCCAGACAAGAAUCCACAGAACAUCAGGGUGCAAGCGUCUCAACCCAAGGAGAUGAUUAUAAAAUGGGAGCCUUUGAAAUCCAUGGAGCAGAAUGGACCAGGACUGGAGUACAGAGUGAGCUGGAAGCCCCAGGGUGCCCCUGAGGAGUGGGAAGAAGAAACAGUUACAAACCACACACUGCGCGUGAUGACACCUACUGUCUAUGCUCCUUAUGAUGUCCAAGUCCAAGCCAUCAAUCAACUCGGCUCUGGGCCUGAGCCUCAGACAGUGACACUCUAUUCAGGGGAAGACUAUCCUAGUACGGCUCCUGUGAUCCAUCGUGUGGAUGUUUUGAACAGUACAUUAGUUAAGGUUACCUGGUCAUCAAUCCCAAAGGAAACAGUACACGGACUUCUGAGAGGGUACCAGAUAAAUUGGUGGAAAACAAAAAGUCUAUUGGAUGGAAGGACUCAUCCAAAAGAAGUGAACAUUCUAAGAUUUUCAGGACAGCGAAACUCUGGAAUGGUUCCUUCCCUCGAUGCCUUUAGUGAAUUUCACUUAACAGUGCUAGCCUAUAAUUCCAAAGGUGCUGGUCCAGAGAGCGAGCCUUAUAUAUUUCAGACACCAGAAGGAGUGCCUGAACAGCCAAGUUUUCUCAAGGUCAUCAAAGUUGAUAAGGACACCGCCACUUUAUCCUGGGGCCUUCCUCCGAAACUGAAUGGAAAUUUAACUGGUUAUCUCUUACAGUACCAGAUAAUAAACGACACCUACGAAAUUGGAGAAUUAAAUGAAAUUAAUGUCACCUCUCCAUCGAAAUCCAGCUGGCAUCUCUCAAACCUCAAUGCAACAACCAAAUAUAAAUUCUACUUGAGGGCAUGCACCUCAAAAGGCUGUGGGAAGCCAAUAAGUGAGGAAAGCGCCACGCUAGGAGAAGGGAGUAAAGGUAUCAGGAAGAUAACAGAAGGAGUAAACCUUACCCAAAAGAGUCACCCCGUAGAGGUACUUGUGCCCGGAGCGGAACAUAUUGUUCACCUAAUGACUAAGAAUUGGGGUGAUAACGAUAGCAUUUUUCAAGAUGUAAUUGAGACAAGAGGGAGAGAGUACGCUGGCUUAUAUGAUGACAUCUCCACUCAAGGCUGGUUUAUUGGACUGAUGUGUGCGAUUGCUCUUCUCACACUGGUAUUGUUAACUGUUUGCUUUGUGAAGAGGAACAGAGGUGGAAAGUAUUCAGUAAAAGAAAAGGAAGACUUACACCCAGAUCCAGAAGUUCAGUCAGCAAAAGAUGAAACUUUUGGUGAAUACAGUGACAGUGAUGAAAAGCCUCUCAAGGGAAGCCUGCGGUCUCUGGGUAGGAACAUGCAGCCCACAGAGAGCGCUGACAGUCUAGUGGAGUACGGAGAGGGGGACCACUCCAUAUUCAACGAGGAUGGAUCAUUUAUUGGCGCCUACACUGGAGCUAAGGAGAAAGGAUCUGUUGAAAGCAAUGGGAGUUCAACAGCCACGUUCCCGCUCCGAGCGUAAGCACAGCAUAGUUAUGCACCAAGGCUGGCUAGCCCAGACCUCCCCAUUCUUUUCAAGAGAGCAAAGCCUUUUACACAGGAGUGGAAACACAUGUCCACAGGCUGACACUCUGCAAUUUUACUGAGAAAAGUAGCACUGCCUUCCAAAAAAAAAAAAAAAAAUCAGAAAAAUCAGAUGCCAAGCACUUCAGGUCUGUGUUUCAUUUUUGGUGUUGUUUUCAGGUGCUCAAAAUGCAGAACACAAAACAAAUCCUGUAUGUAGAUCCACUUUGAAUUAAUCCAAAGUUCCUGUUUCACAUAUUCCACACCUGCCUGUUGAGCGGUUUGUGCAUUGAUGUUGCUAACUGUGUGGGUUUCUCUCUGGAUGCACAAUUGUACUUAGUCUUUAAGAACUGUUUUAGUGACUUCCAUUCACUACAGGUUAAAAGAUUGAAAAGAUUGUAAGCAAGCAAGCUGGUUAUUUAACAUGUAAAAAGGAAUAUGAAUGUCUCAUUAAACACUUCAUGGAAUCUAUACAGUCUAAAGUUAUUAUUUAAAUUUUUAGAAGCAAAAGUCUAAGAUGAUCGUACAACUCGUAUUUAUUGAGCUCCUAACUAUUUGUCCAGAAACUGCCAUUUUCAUAUAAUUAGUGUUUUCAUUGCCUGGAUGACUGUCUUUCUUUUCUAUCAGUUAUGGCAAUUCUGCAUCUUUAUUUCUCUCUCUGUUUGUUUCUUGCUUUCUAUUUUUUUUUAAACUUGUUCUAACUGGAGCUUCAAAGGGAGUGCUGGUCAGAGGUUAUUUUAAGAGCCGAAAGCUUUGCUGUUUCUACUUUAUAUCUUCAUUUGUAUGUUCAGCCUUUAUGUUUAUAUACUGGUUACCUUGAGUAUAUUUCAUGAAUGCAUUGUACAAAUUUUGUUAAUAUUUACACUGUUUAAAGCAUAGUGUUUUAUUUUGAAGUGAGAAAGAGAACAUUAAUAUGCAUGUUUGUACAGCUAGAGCAUAUAUAGUUAGAUACCAUCUUUAUUCUUCUGGGGCUAGACACAGUUGCACAGGAUUCCAGAUUCAAGACUACAUGAAGAAUUGGACUCUCUUCUUAUAUUUGUCUCAAUCACGUGGUCUCAAAAUAACAUAUUGCAUAACCAUGGAGGGAAAUGCACUAAGUAUUUUUCAAAGUAAGUUUUGGAGGAGUGGAUUUCUACCCCAGCACCCCCAAAAGAAAAUUAUGUACUGUAGAAAAUCUUAUAUACGUGUUAGAUUAUAUCAUAUUGUAAAUGUACUUGUAAUGGUAUGAUCAUUGUUUUAAAUGUUUUCCUUCUGUUAAAGUUAUUGGUACAGAUUCAGGAAAUUUUGUUUCUGGCAUGUGGGUUACCAGUCCAUCUAAAGUAGCACAGAAGGUUUAGAAUGUUUCAGAAAUGCCUUAGAGGACUCUGCAUACACAUAAGAAAAUAUUAGUGUUUGCUUUUACAUUCAAUGGAAACUUUGUAACCUCUCCAUGAAAUUAUUGACUAUUAAGUGACACUGGUUGACAGACCUAACUUCAGUUUGUGCAAUGACUAGUGUACACUCUUCAUUCUUCAUGUUUUGUUGAUAUGAUGUUGCUUGGGGAUUAAAAUGGUGGGCGUGUAAAAUAGGCAAUGCACUAGUGAACAUACAGCAUACUUUUUUAACCUAAUGAAUCUUCCAGAACGCAUAGGCAGGAAAAGCUUGUUUUGUGUUUUUAAUCAUGAAUCUCAAUAUUCGGCUACUUUCCUAGAAGUACCAAAUAAAAAUGGGGGCAGACAUUGUUGUUCUCUGGCCUGUGUGACUGUAAGGAUACACAAGCCCAGCUGUGCAAACUGAUGAUGGAAGAGCCAUUACCACGUGAAAAUUUUUGUCAGAGGACCUGUAUUACUCCUCUCCCUGGAGCACUGAGCUCCACAGAAAAUAAAGGAUGCGACUGACAGUAAUUGGGCUAUUAUUCUGCCUCCUCUUCUUUGUCAUCAGUCAAAAUGUGGCUUUGAAAGGGCCUCAGAGGUUGAAAAUAAUAUCCAAAAAGUUAGAAUUGAUGCAUUAGGAAUUUAAUAAUCUUUAUGUCCGAAGGUGACACAAAUACUUACAUGUUUUUAUUAAUUUAAAAUGGACUUCAUCAUUCUUUCAUUAGUUGUUGGAAAGUAAGAUUGGUUUAUAACACCUUUUUCUAGCCUCUGUGAACUUUUAUAUAGUAUCUGGUUUCAUUCUGUUGUAAAUCUUCAGCAAAGCAGAAAAUGUCCAUGGACUCCGUUGCUUUUAUUAUACAAUUAUUACGAUCCAAUAUGUUCAAAUGAAAACAUAUCCAAUAGGUUGAAGUGGAUUUUAUUCUUAUUCUGCCUCAGACAAUGAUUGGCAGACUCUGUGAUGUGCAAUACCAAUUACAAAUGGGCAAUAAUUGUUUGAAAAAAAAAUGCCCACUGAGUCAUAAGGCAGCUGCUAACACAUACGACUUUGUUCUUAGUUGGUUUUGCAGUCACAUUCUGUAGUCUACUGACGAUAUGAUUUUAAUGUAAGUGAUUGUAUAUAAUCUCAAGGAUUGUCAAUGGGGAUAGCUUCAGAGAGAGAUGGUCGAGGGUCAGGAAAAAUCCGUGUUCUCUUCCAGGAUCCAGCGCUGACUUUCAAGAGAAACCUUAGACACGUUGCCGAACUGCUUCAUGUCAAACUGUGCUACAAAGUGCUAAUGAUCGCUGCCACAGGGUGUUCUUUUGUACGAAGAAAAAUUUACAAGUGACGAAAUCUAAGAUGCCUUUUAACUCCAUCACCCAACCUGAAAUCUAAUUACGUAUGGAAAAGUCACCCCCACAUACGCCAACUCAACUUCUUUCCCCUCCAAGCACAUAAAUAUAUUUUUAUACAAAACAGAUCUACAGAAAAUAAGCUAAAUCUGCUGUUAACCGAGGAGUACAAUUUGCACAUGCCAUUGGAAAUUAUUAAUCAGGAGAAAAAUGAAGCAGGGUCUUUGCUAUACAAAAAGCGUUUUCCACUAAUUCUGCAUGCGUGUUUAUAAGAUGUGAAAUCCGUGCAUUUAUUCUCUUGGUAUAAAGGCAUCUGAUAUUUUAGAUGUACCCAUGUUUAUAAAAAAAAUGUAGAGCACAAUGGACUUAUGCUAUUUUAUACUCAUGGAAGAGAUAAAAGACAAUAAGGAGAGAUGUUUGGCUGCUUUUCUAAGUAUUUAAAACAUAUUUGCCAAUUGAAACCCUAAAUAUGUUUACAUGCCAUGAUGGCGUAAUUCUUGUAACAACUUUAAAUUGGUUAUAAUAGGACUGGUUUGUGAUCUGUGGUAGAUGUAUCCUAGUGUUCCUAUAGUGAGAUAAAUAGGGUUGAGCCAAAGCUUACUGUGUUUUGUAUAUUAAACUGACUGCAUCGUCAAAGAGGGGAAAAAAAGGUAUGGAAAGCAGGUUCACCUGAUUAGCUUUUCUGUUUUCACUUAGAUUAAUGUUCAUAGUAGAUCUUUAUUCAAGUGUGUUUGUGUUGUAGAUGGUGUUUGUAUUAUGCCUAUGGAUAUGUACGGUUCAAAACUAUUUUCAUUACACAUGGAAUUCAGCUUUCAAAUAAAAGUUUGACUUCAUGUACUCUAAA